UAAUAUGUUGGAUUCAUGUUAAAACGUUUUUAAUUUUUGAAAAAACUUAAAGACAUUUAUAAUUAAUGUGGUGGCCCCCCUGAAGUAACUCUGAGGAUCCCCUGUUGAAGAUCUCUGUUAUAGAGAGUGUUUUAUUCCAAACGCGAGCUUUUACUUUGAAAAGUUGAAGCUUGAGGACUGCACCUGGCGGAACGUCCAGACAUGGACAUGACACGAGAGUCCAGCCUGCAGCCUUGGGACAUGUUGGAGAACCAAGCCGCGAAGCUUCAUCUGGAUGACGGAGUUCAUGGAAAAAUCGUGAUGGAACCGUUCAACAGUCAGUAUCGCUGCGGCUCUCUGAUCGCCAGCGGCGGUUUCGGUUCGGUGUUUUCAGGCCAGAGGCUUUGUGAUGGACUUAAGGUUGCCAUUAAAAUGAUUUUCAGAGAAAGAGUUCCGCUGCCGCAGUGGGCCAGACUGCCCGGCGAGGUUGGCCCCGUUCCCACGGAGAUCACUCUGCUGCAGCGGCUGGCUGAGGUCGGGGUUCACAGCAGCGUCGUCCGCAUGCUGGACUGGUUCGAGAUGAAGGGGCGGGGCUUCCUGCUGGUGCUGGAGUGCCCGCCGCAUGCACAGGAUCUGUUCGACUUCAUCACGGAGAGAGGACCGCUGCCCGAAUGCCUCGCACUCAGGUUAGACUUUCCAAAAGCCCACCUCUGCUGGUCUCCCCGAACGCCUCACACUAAAGUUUUGGCGAUGUGUUUAUUAUUGCGAUGA